CGCGUUCCCAAGGUGAAGCCACAACCACCAUAUUCCACCAGCGGAACCCCUUCCCCAUCAUCCACAACUCUCACAAUUAUUCCAGAAUCCUGUCAGUAGGCCGCAGUUCCUCGAAUGUUGCUGGUCCUUACCUAGGUAUUUCAGCUCAAUGCGACUUCCGACUACCCUGCGCUUUAGCUGACGCAGACCGCAUGGUGAGUCAGGUAGCGGAUUAGAGUUUCGCCAAUGGUCCGCUCGUUAUCGUUAGUCGAUAGUAAUACUUAGCACGCUUUCGAAAAGCGGUACCUUGUAACCUCAGUUCGUUAGUGUCGCGGUUCAGGCAUGAGCAGCGGAGGACCUGGAUGGGGGACUUUCUUCGUCCUUUCGCCCUCGCAGUCCCGCGUGGCUCCCGAGAAAAAUGGCAGCGACGAUGCAAUCAAGGGCAGUGCGGCUGACCAAAGUCCUGCAAAAUCCGGCACGGUCGGACUCGAUGCAGCUCUGCCGGCAGGCGUUAAACCUGAGCCAGUUGUUACUCUUGCGUCUACUAAUACGACUAAGAUGACUGAUAUGAAUUCAGUAACUGAUAUGACUAAUUCCCUCCCCGCGAGUGGCGAGAACGGGCCUCGGUCGACUGAGGGCCCAGAGCCUGAUCUGGCGGCCCAACCCGUCAGCGACACGGCGAAAGGUGGCGCAGACAUGCACACGGAGGAAUCUCGGACCGAGAACGGGGUGGGGGAGAACGGGACGGAGGGAGAGAGGGACAGUGAGGCGUCUCAAAGCGCGCGUGUGUCGGAAGUUGGGACGCACCAAGUUGGGCAAGCGCCGGCAGAGAGUGAGAAAUCCGAAGAGGACGAGAGGCAGCGGGAGGUGCGUGCGCCGCAGGGUGGGGAGCAGCGGAACGGCCACGUUUCGGAGACGCCUCAGGGGGAGCAGCAGAAUCGGGAAGCGCCAGCGGAGAGUGAGAAACUUAGAGGAGGCGAGAGGCAGCAGGAGGAGCGCGUGCCAGCGGGUGGGGAGCAGAGUGGACUGCAACAUGGGCAAGCGCCGGUGGAGAGUGGAGAAAGGGAAGUGGGCUUGCGCACAGAGGAAGGGACGCAGGCGCAGGUUGAAGUCUCGGAGUCGCCUCAGGGGGAGAAACAGAGCAAGGGCGUUGAGGCGCCUCAAGAGGAGGGAGAUGGCAAGGGCACUGAGGGGUUGGAAAGCGUGGUGGUGAUGGUUGGGGAGAAAGAGGGGGGUGGAGAGGGAGGGGUGGAUGCAGGAGGGGGAACCGAUGGGAGGGGCGAGGCACAAGGGGAGGCGGAAGGAGGUGGCGAAGGGGGAGGGGGCGAAAGAGGAGCUGAGAGGGAAGGAAGCACUGGCGUGGACGGGAAGAUAGCUGGGAAGGCAGCGGAAGGAGAGGCAGGUGCUGCUGUGCCUCUGCCGCCCUCUGAACCUCUGCCGCCCUCUGAACCUCUGCCGCCCUUUGAACCUCUGCCGCCCUCUGAACCUCUGCUGCCCUCUGAACCUCUGCCGCCCUCUGUGCCGACGCCGCCCUCUGAGCCUUUGCCGCCCUUGGAAGGGGAGCAUCCAGAGAAUGGAGAUGGGCGGGAGAGGCAGACUGGCGAUGGGCCCCGUGAGAAUGGGACGGCUGACGCAGGGGCGGAUGCUGGUAGCGGAGAUGCGAAUAAGGGGGAUGAGGGGAGAAGGGAGAUGCGCUCGAGGGUGGAUGAGCUGCUGGCGCAAGCUGCUGCGCUGAGGGCGCGCGGACAGGCGCGUGGGGGAGGCGCGGAGCGUGGGGAUGCGGACCUGGGGAACGGGGGGGAGGGCGGAGAGGAGGAGGAGGGGGAGGGGGGAAGUGGGGAUGGAGAGUGGGAGGGAGAGAGUGAGGAGGAGUCGCCAAUGGAGAGGGAGAUAAGCUGGGGGGAUGAUGACGAUGACUACGAGAGUAGUGAAGAGGAGGAGGAGCAGGGGGAUGGGGGUAAUGGGGGGACGGAUGGGGGGGCGGGAGGGGGCGUGCACCGCAUGGUUCACCUGCAGCGAGCCCUAGCAGAGCUGACUGCUGCUUCCAGGGAGAGGGAACGGCGGAAGAGAGAGGCCGCUGCUGCUGCUGCUGCUGCUGGAGGUGGUGAUGGUGGUAGUGGUGCUGCUGCUGCCACUGCAGCUGUCGGUACUGCUGCUUCAGCUAUUGCUGCUGCUGGUGGUGCUGCUGCUGGCAUCGCUGGUGGUGGUGGUGAAUCAGCAGGGAGAGCAACGACAGCAGGAGAUGGGGCAGCAGCUGCUGCAGGCUCAACACAUCGAGAGAGGGAGGGGAAGGGCUUAGGUCAGGGCGUUGUGGGGGAUUCAGGAGAACAGGGUGCGGGCAAACCUGAUGAGAAAGCAACGAGCACAAGUGCAGGAGAAGAUUCGGUGAAGAGCGGUGCAGAGGAGUCCGAGAAGCUGAGGAGCGGUGAGAGUGCGAGUGAGAACGGUGAAGGGGAGAUUGACGGGGAUGGAAAGCAAGUAACUGGGGCAGGAGAGGGAGAGGGAGAAGGCAAAGGGGAGGGGGGAGGAGAAGGUAAGGGAGAGGGGGGAGGAGACGGCAAGGGCGAGGCGGAGAAGAAGGACGUUCCAGUGGGGAAGCUGCAGAAGGAGCUGAAGGGGCUAGAGCUGAUGCUGGCACGCGUGAAGCAGCGGCAGGCGGAGGAGCAGCAGCAGAAGGCGAAGGAGAAGCAGGCUCAGGAGGAGCGGGAGAGGCGGAGGGAGGAGCAGCAGAAGCUGAGGGAGAGGAAGCAGAGGGAGGAGCGGUUUAAUGAGUUGCUGGAGAGACAGAGAGAGGAGGAGGAGGAGCAGGAGGAGCAGAGGAGGAAGACGGGAGGAACGGGAGGUGGUGGGGGUGGGGGAGGAGGGAGCAGGGAAGGGCUGCUCUCGGGGCUCUCGCUUGAAGGCACCGCCACUGAUGCAGGGGCGAAGAGAAAGGUUGCCGGAGGCAUUUCGGCCAGGAAGGGCAGCAGAGGAGGGGAGAGAGGGGGGGGCGGGGAGGGGGAAGAGCAGGACGAGAGUGAGAGUGAGAGGCCGAUGGGGUUGGAAGAGGCGAAGGCGCAUCUGCUGCGCGUGGCUGCUGAGGGGCUCGUGAAGAAGCGGCGUGGAGAGGAGGAGGAGAAGGAGGAUCCAGAGGUUACCGUUGGGGCUCUGCCUGUGAUUCCGGAGGGGGAUAGGGAAGGGGAGGAGACGGAGGAGGAGGAGGAGGAGGAGGAGGAGGCGGAGACAAUGACGGAGUCAGGGGAAGCAGGACUGGUGACAAGAGAGGGAGAGCAAGAGCAGGGCGUAACAAUGGAGGCGAUGGGUGAAGAGGUGAUUGAAGAGCAGGGGAAGGAGCAGAGCACAGAACAGGGCAGAGAGCCGAGCACAGUGCAGGGCAGGGGAGGAGGUGGAGGAGGAGGAGAAAUUAGUCAAGGGCUUGGGUUUUUGUCGCUCUUUGGCUCGUUUGGGAUGGGGCGGAACAAGAGUGUGUCGGGGAGCAACAGUGGAAGCAGCAGCAGCAUCACCAGCGCAGGAAGUUCCCCUGCCACUACCCCUGCCACUCCCCCUGCAGCAGCACCUGCAACAAGAGACUCGCAGAAGCCUGCAUCCCCUACUUCUCACGCUGCCACGGCUGCCGCCGCCGCCGCCGCUGCUGCUGCCGCUGCCGCUUCCUUCGCCUCCCCUGGUCCCCUCUCCUCAUCGCCCAGUCCUUCUGCCACAUCAGCAUCCUCCUCGUACGGACCUCCCAGGGACAAGAAAAGCUGCUCACCAGACACUCUCCCCGACCGCCCCCAUCCCUCCACACACAGGGAUGCGGGCUCUGCUGAUUCUCCUGCUGCUGCUGCUGCGGGUGGCGCCCCAGCCUCCCCUCCCCCCUCUAUCUUCCCGUCGCGCAUGAAUCCCAACAGCCCCAUAACUUUCAGCCUCGGCCUGUUUGGCGGCGCACUGGACAUGGCCAUGACCUCCUCCUCCUCCCCCUCAGGCUCCUCCCACCCCACUCGCUCCUCCUCCUCUCCCUCCGUCUCCGGCCCCACCUCCCUCUCUCUCUCACUAGGCCCCGCCUGUGCUUCCACCAACGCCCCACUAUCCUCCUCAACCCCCCGUCUCUCCCUCCCGUCGCCUCUCUCAGACUCCCACGUCAACUCCUCCUCCCCUCCCUCCUCCCUUGCUGCUCACCCCUCCUCCCUCGCUGCACCCACCUCCUCCCUGACCAACCUCCCCUCAUCCUUCGCCACGUCUCCAUCCUCCCUGGUGGUUCGGGACGUUGACUCGGCCAAGCAGCAGCUCCUAGCCAUGGCGGGCGAUGCCAAGGAGCGCAUUGAGGGGCUCGAGCGCCAGCUGGCGGCGCGCGACGCAGCCGUCGCCAGGCUGGACGAUGAGGUGGCGGCGCUGCGCGGUGAGUCAGAGCGGCGAGCGGAGGAGGUGGCACGGUUGGAGGAGAGAUUAAGGGAGCAGGAGGAGCGCUGGGCUGCUGCUGCUGGUGCUGGUGCUGCUGGUAGUGGGGUUGCUAGUGGGGCUGCUGGUGAGGGUGCAGGCACAUCAUCAGGAGGAGGAACAGGCAGUAGCAGAGGUAUGGUCGGGCGUAGGGUAGACGACCAGAGGAGAAGGCUCGAGCAGCAGCAGCAGCAGCAGGUGGUGAUAUCUCGAACGGUUCUGCUGCAGAGACAGCUGCAGGCUGCUGCUCCCAGGCCCGGCAGGGGGCCCAGGUGGCAGAGCCUGGAGCGGCGGCUGGAGCAAAAGGACAAGGUGCUGGUUCAGCUCAUGGGCAUUGCCAAGGACCGGUGGCGGGAGGUUCGGCACGAGGUUCGGCGCAAGGACAAGGUGAUUGCGGAGCUAGCUGAGAUGGUGGUUCGGGCUCAGGCUGAGGGGAGGCCCGGUGGUGGAGGAGAGAGUGGUAGGGAGAGGGGUGAUGAGGGAGGGGGUGGUGUGGGAAGGAGUAGCUUGGAGGAGGAAGUUAGGAAGUUGUUGGAGUUUGCACUGAGGCAUGGGGAGGAGGUUGAGGGGCUCCUUUUGAGGGAAGAUCAGAAGCUGCGGGAAGUGUUUGAGGCAGCAGACGUGACAGGGCUGGAGUGGGGUGUAAAUUCAGGGCCAUCGCUCGAUGCUUCUGGCCCCUGCUUAGGUGUGUCGGGGGCUGCUAGCAGUAGUGGGGAUGGAGAAGCAUGUAAGGGGGGUGUGUUGGGACAUGAGGGGAAAGGGGAGGAGGUGACCAGUGGUAGAGCUGCACACGAGAUGGAGAAGGUUGCAAGUGCCACACAUAGAGGUGUUGGAUCACGGCAAUCUAUGGGAGGUAGGAGUUUGCCGGGUGCGCGUACAAGGUUUAGGGGACAAGGGUCACGGCACAUCGGUACGGGAUUCCAACGCUAACCAUUUAAAAAGGCAUUCAUAGGCAUGCUGUCUCAGCAGUAGUAUCUCGAUGCAUGCCGUAUCAAUAGUAGCGUAUAGUUCCCUCUUAUCGUAUUAGCUAAUCACUUGUUAAGAGAACGUAAUGAAUGUAGAUUUUACUG